AUGAUUUCGGUUUUUUAUUUAUAUUUUUGCUGUGAAUUUUGCAAGUAACGUUAUAAGUAAUUCAAGUCUUAUAAAGAUAAGUUCUUUGUCUCUCUUUAAAAGAAAUAAGAAUUUUAUUUCUAUUCAAUACUAAUGUUAAAUAUUAGUUAAAACAUUAUUUUUGAUUUUUUAAGUUAAACGAGAUUAAUCCUAUAAAUUAUCGAGAAAAUCAAGAAAAAAAUGGAUAAUGAAUUAAGAGAUAUAUCUACCAGUCUAAAACUUCAACUCGGUUAUGGGAUUGGUCACAUUUUAAACGAUGUUUGUGCCAGUUUGUGGUUCACUUAUUUUUUAGUGUUUUUUCAUCUUGUACUUGAAUUUACGGCUUCGCAGGCCGGUCAGUUAAUGUUAAUAGGACAAAUUGUUGACGCUGUGUCAACACCAUUUGUUGGUUACCAUUCUGAUCAUACUAACAAUUUUUUAUCUGCAAAGUAUGGUAGAAGAAAACUUUGGCAUUUAUUUGGUACAUUAUGUGUGAUUUCAUCAUUUCCAUUCAUUUUUACUGAAUGUAUAGGUUGCACUAUGUCCCACAAAUGGGCACAGAUGUUCUAUUUUGCUGCAUUUAUAAUUAUUUUUCAAAUUGGUUGGGCCGCCGUUCAGAUUUCACAUCUUAGCCUAAUUCCUGAACUUGCUGAAGACCCGCAUGUUCGAACUCAUCUUACUGCAAUAAGAUAUGGGUUCACAGUGUUCUCAAAUAUAUUUGUAUAUAUUAUAACAUGGUUAAUAUUACACUUAACUGGCAAGUGUGAUAAGGAGCAAGUUGGACCAGCGGACGCAUGGAAAUUCAGAGAAGUCAUGCUAAUUGUGCUGGCAGUUGGUUUAUUGGCGUCAGUCAUAUUUCAUCUUGCCGUUACAGAGAAGCAACCUAGAAGUCAGUUAUAUGUAGAUGACAAUAGCUCCACUUUCCAUUGUGAUAUACUCAGAAAGAUUCUAUUGUACCAUGUUGCAAUAAUUUACAUGAGUACAAGAUUGGUGGUCAAUAUAUCCCAAGUCCUCAUACCACUGUAUCUUCAUCAGACUCUUGGACUUGCGGCUCGAGCCUUGGCUGUAGUUCCUCUAGCUUCAUAUUUAGGAAGCCUAGCAGCAGCUGGCCUACAAAGACUAAGUCCUAGGUCUUUCACCCAUAAAUUUAGUUAUAUAUUGGGUUCAGCAUCCGCAUUGAGUGGCUUUGUGUGGGUUUACUUUGGUUCGGAUUAUGAUUAUAAAGUGAUGUUUAUAUACAUUGUGGCCGUUUUAAUAGGUUUUGGCGGUGCUCAAAUGUUAGUCACGAGUUUGUCACUAACAGCUGAUCUUGUCGGUGAUAGCACACACGCAUCAGCAUUUGUGUAUGGGCUUAUGAGUUUUACUGAUAAAUUGUCCUGCGGUGCAGCCAUAGCCAUAAUACAAAUGUUACGGUGCCGAAUCGUCGUACUAUCGCGAUGCGUUGUCCUGGGUCUGCGGCUGUGCUACUGUCUUAGGACUGUGCUUGACGCUCGCAUUACCUUCAACCACCCAUAACUCAUUAGUUACUAUUAGCAAUCCAACCGUAAAUGAUGACGAGGAACGAAUUGUCACACCAAUACCGACAUUAUGAAUAACGUAGUGAUUUAUGAUUCACUUGAAAUCAUUAACACGAGAAGCUAUAAAUAUGUAAUAUAGUAAAAAUUUAUGGCAACAUAUCUAAAGAAGGUUAAAUACGGCUCUAGAAAUCUGUACUUAUUUCUAUUCUUGUAAAAUAUAAUAUGCCUGUAGAUUUUUUAUUUAUUUAUACUUUAUUUUGAAAUAAAAUUUAAUAAUCAUAAGAAUAACCAUGCAUUCCAUUUGUUCUAAGUUACUAUAAGCUAAAAUGCGAAAUUGUCUAAAACAGUGCCAAGUAUUUAUGGAUUAAUUAUUUUAAGAACUGCUAAUUUACAAAGAUCGUAAAUUUGAGCCAAACUUUCCGUGACUCUUACUAAAAGCUUAUUUGAUUUGUGUCUAUAUGUAUUUUGCGCGCCAUAAUUUAGAGGGAGAUGUUUUUAUUACGCUUAGCUUCUUGGUAUAUGGUCUUCAAAUAGUUAGACUAAUUUAUUUAUACGUAACUUAAUUAAAUAUGGUUUAUGCAUGUUGUUAAUGCAAUGUAUCUCAAUGAGAAUUUAUACAAAAUCUUAUCGUAAAAUACCUAUUUAAUAUAAUCGAAUGUUCGGACAUUUAACGUUCGGAAACUUAACUAGCUCGUUAGCUAGCUUAGAAUGAAUAACAAUCAAUAUAAAAUUUUUAUUAUAUAAAUUAUAUGAGUAUAUAACAAAUUUUAUUUUAAUCUAGCUGAAAUUGCUCAAGAGCCUAGAUGAAACGCUUAAAUGUAGAGGUAUAUUUUUUAAUUUGUUAAAAAACUAAUAUAUGAAAUAAAAUUCGCACAAUGUAACAUAUUUUAUAAGAGUAUAUUUUUUUAGUUAAUCUCAAUAUCUCUAAAAUACUUAAGAAUAUUAGGUGCACUGUAGCACUUGCACCCUAACCCAAGUCUUCAUCAUCAUACUACAUAAGGCAUGUUUUUUAUUUUGCAUAUAUAAAUUUUCGAACAUGACAAUAAACGUAAGUUUAUGAAUUAAAAAUGCAAAAUGCUCUGUGUGCAGUGUGAUUAAGAAAAGUUAUGGCAAGAGACCGCCACUUUUAAGCGUUGUGGUGAAAUUUUCAAAGCUACUGUGAAACAGGUCUUGAAAUAAACUAUGAAGUUAUUUUUUUGUUUAUACACGUUAAUAAAACUAUGCAUAUUUA